AUGGCACCCUCAACCCGCGGCAAAGAAGCCCUCGAAAAGAAGAUCGCCACGCUCCAACUCCGCCUCGCACCUCUCGUGCCCCUUCCUGGCGGCCUUCCACCCCACCCCGACUUCCCAAAGACCCUUAUGGCCUUCCACCUCCUCACCGAAGACCAACUCGACAGCAUCGCCCACUACUACCACCAAUCAACCCCCGGCCCUUUCACCAACAACUACCCCGCCAACAUGAAUUGGGACAAAGAGUUCCUCGCCCGCCGCGAGUCCAGAACUCCAACUACCCCAUCCGCACGCGAACGCCGUCACAGCAAGCAGCUAAGCCAAGAGGAGAAUAUAUGGCUGGAAGACUUGAUGAACACUGUCGAGGACUUGCAGGCUCCGACGGCGAAGGAGGGAGAGGGAAUUGCGAAUGGCAGUAAUCCUUAUGCGGGCUUGACGGAGAAGGAGAGGAUUAGGAUCAAGAGGAGGAAGGUGGGCAAGUUCAUUGGACUCGUGGGAAUGGAAACGCCGGUGGAGGAGAUUGCGGGACGGAUACAAAAUAGCCUGGACCGCGCUGUGGAGAGGUCCAGAGAGGAGUUGAGGAGGAAUGAGGAGGUUAUGCUGAGGAGAAGGAAGAUGGCUUGA